AUGCCCUCCGACCACCCCUCUUAUCCCCACCAGCGAGGGUGCGCCCCUGGGCCCCACAGUGACCAGCAGUCCACCAACAACGCCGGUGUGGCCGCAUCGCUCGACGCAUCGCUUUCUGGACAAGAACAGGGGCUUGACCCGCGCUAUUAUUCUGAUGGAACUCAACAGUACCUCGUUAUCGGCUAUUCCGGUGCCGGAAGUCAUCCAACGGGCUCGUAUGCGCCGGCCACCUUCCCUCCCACCGCUUGUCCUCCCGCGAUGCGGCACUCUGCCUCGUACUCUCCCGGCCAGUAUCCAUCCGGUCACCCCUCCGGCUACCAGCCAUCGUUUCAGCAGGGCUCUUCGACGAUGUCGGGCGUGGCCGCCCCGGUCUACGCGUACCCUCAGCACCCACACUCGAGUGCGCACUUGACUCAGGGUGCACACCAGCAACACCCCUACCAGCAGAUGUACCCGCAUCUUCAGCAUCCCGGACAACAGCCGCACUCUUCCCAGUAUGACGCCGGCUACGACCCUGCCUUCUUCGUGGACGACUUCGAUAGCUCGAGCGUGGGCGAGAGCGAACCCGGGGGCAGCUUGAGGAGUAAAUCCAAGAUCGCCCUUGAUCCCAGCCAGCCUCUGACCGUCGACGGAAAGCCCCGCGAGCGAGUUUACGUGGCCUGUAACCGAUGCCGUGUCCGCAAGCUCCGCUGCGACGGCGCAAAGCCCGCCUGUCUCAACUGCCAACGCUUGGAGGGCGAGGCCUGCGUCUACCCCGACCAACCCAGGCGGCGCGGCCAGGACAAGGCGCAGCGCACGCGCUCGGCCGUCGGGACGCGCACGCCCCGCCGUCCCGCAGCCCGCAAAGACUCGAAGGACUCGGCAGGGAGCGUCAGCCCUGGCGCAGGGCCCGACUCUGGUGGGCAGUGGGCACUGUACUAG